AUUUGCUGCAGGAAGAAGAAACAUCCGGGUCUCUCAGGAUUCUGACUGGCGACCCGUCGCCAUUCGUGCAAGCGAAAAGAAAUAUAUUUUUGGAGCAAAAUAUUAGCGUCGAUAUAUUCAAACUACUAGGGAGAAUUUAUUUAUCAGAUUGGCUAACUUGGCCCGAUCGAGAAGGAGCUUCAUUGUUGGGGGUCUUGACCCCGUGUGGCGAGCUUUCGUCCUCUCUUCUUAAAGCCUCCAUAACUUGAGACGCCGAUAUCGUGUCUCUUGUUUUUUUCUCUGCAUUACUUUGUCGUGAAGAUGUCGCCGUGAUGGGUUUUCCGCGUUUGAACGAUAUGAAUUGGGGCCUUCGCCGCCUGACCCGCACUCACUGCAGCCCAUUUUAUUCCUUUGUUUUUUCGUUUGAUGCUGGAGAGCUCGGAAGCUCUCGGCUCGAAUCUCGGCCUCUUUCACUGCACGGAAACAAACAUGGAGAAGAACCCGAGCAGCAACAAUACAAAGGUUCCACCUCGUUCCAACUUCUCUGGGCCAACCCCGGGGGAAUCUAAACCUAAAACAGAAAGUAAGACUAAUGGAGGCUCCAAGCGCUACGGCCGCAAGCGGGAGCCUUCUUUUCCCAAAGCAGAAAACCUUUCGGGCCCGCGUCGCACCAAUCCACAGAAAAGCAAAAAUUUUGACAAGAGACCCCCGCAGAGAGGUGGAGGACGGCAGUAUGGGGUUGCAGGCGGAGGACGACGGGAGGAGGUAGCAGAGACACGCCGGGCAGAGUUUAGCCCGGCUCAGUUUGCUGGACCGAAAAAAAUAAGCCUGAACCACCUGUUGAAUUUCACCUUUGAACCUCGUGGAGGUAAUGGUGCUGUCGGGGAUGGAGGCUCCUCCGGUUGGGGACGCCGAAAUAAAUGGGGUCAUAAGCACAAGCCCUUUAACAAGGAGCUUUUCCUGCAGGCCAAUUGUCAGUUUGUGGUGACUGAUGACCAGGACUACAAGGCUCACUUCACUGACCCAGAUACUCUGGUCAACUGGGAUUGUGUGCAACAAGUGCGAAUCUACAGUCAUGAGGUGCCAUCUUGCCCAAUCUGUCUCUACCCACCUGUGGCAGCUCGCAUUACACGCUGUGGACAUAUCUUCUGCUGGCCUUGCAUUCUGCACUACCUGUCUUUAAGUGACAAGACUUGGUCAAAGUGCCCCAUAUGUUACGAGGCUGUUCACAUAGUGGAUCUGAAGAGUGUCGUUGCUAUGGAGACCAGGCAAUAUGUGGUUAGUGACGUCAUUACCAUGCGCCUCAUGCGAAGAGAAAAGGGGGCUGUGGUAGCCAUGCCGAGUUCUCAGUGGGUGAAGGUGGAGGAGCCUGUACGGUUUGGAGAUUCUGCUUUGAGCCCGUAUUCCAAGCUGCUGCUCACCUCCUCCACCCAGGUCUUUAGUCUUGUGGAAGAGGAGAAGGCAGUCUUGCAGGCUCAGCUGUGUCAGGAAGAUGAUGCACAAAGUUGCUUCAUCCAGAGUGCACUUUGCCAUUUGCAGGAGAAAGAGGAAAUGUUGCUGAAACAGCAGCCUGAAACAGAUAACAGUUUUGGUUUAUCCUCUCUGACUCUUGUGGAACCUGCUUUUCCCAUAGAUGAAGUGGUGACUAUUAACAGUGCUAUCAAGCCGGUGCUGCAGUACUCUUCUGCCUUCGAUGACGAGGUGGCAGAAGACCCAGCUGUUGAAGCCUUGCAAGGGUCUCCUGAAGAUACUUUGGAAAGUGUGCUGGAAGAGACGACUGAUGCUGCGUCUGAUCCAGCACCAGACCACCUUUCUAAUGAAGAAAACGCUGCCAAAGAGUCAGAACCAAGUCGCACUCAAACCAGCCAGGUGCACGGCCCCUUCUAUUAUUUUUACCAAGCUGAAGACUGCCAGCAGAUGUUCUUGCAUCCUGUGAAUAUACGUUGUCUGUUGAGGGAAUAUGGGAGCCUGGAGGCCAGCCCAGACUCCAUCACUGCCACAGUAGUGGAGAUCGAGGGACACACAGUUACCGAGGAGAUUCGCCGUCGACAUCGUUACCUGUCCCAUCUGCCGCUCACAUGUGAGUUCAGCAUCUGUGAGUUGUCCUUGCAGCCACCAAUCCUGUCCAAGGAAACCAUGGACACAUUUGAAGAUGAAUUGGAGAAAAGAAAGCGCCUGAGACAGAAGAAAGCGAGAGAUGAGAAGCGCAGAGAGAGGCGAAUUGAAAUUGAAGAGAACAAGAAGCAGGGUAAAUAUCCAGAGGUGCACAUCGGACUGGAGAACCUUCAACAUUUCCCAGCAUUCGGAUCGCCACCUCACGACAGCAGCCCCUUGGUCCAACCUGAUUUUACUUUAGUCCCUCCAUCACCCCUGAGCAGCAGUCCUUCCUCUGCUGGGAUAACAUUCCCAAGUCUGAAUGGACAAAGCUCUCCUGUUGUGGGAAGUGUUGAGGAUGACUCUCUCGGCAUGUCUUUUGCACAGAUGCUGAGAGAUGGGAAAGCCAGAAUCCAUGGGCCUAGACUCGGCACAAAGAAAGAUAAGCUGUUAGCUCCGUCAGCUGCAGACAGCGAUGGGGAGAGUGACGGGUCUGACCGGGCACCCGUGCCCAACUUUCAGAACUCUUUCAGCCAAGCAUUUGAGAAGGCGCUUCUACAGCUAGACUGCCCAGAGUCUUCCCCACAAGCCUUGGUUGUCUCAGAUGAGAAGGGAGGAAAGAAGAAAAAGAAAAAACAGAAACUUCUCUUCAGCACCUCCAUGGUUCACACAAAGUAGACAACACUGAUAAAAUAAGGAAGGAUUUGGUUCCUUGGAUAACUGCUUUACGUCCUUACAAACCUCCCUAGAAGUUCACCAUAUUGCAAAGGAUUUCAAAAUGUACCCAAAUGUUAGACCAAGUCACUCAUUGACCGAGGUUGUUUUUCAGUUCACUCGUGUUUUCAUUUUGUGUAAAUUCUCUUGGCUUAGUGGAAAUGAUCUUUUAUUAACAUUGGAUUAGAUUCAUUUUAGGUGCUUUAUGUUAUGAGUAGCAGUCAGCCAGCUGCAGGUACAUUGCACCAUUGAAAUUUUUCCAGGAUUGUCAGUGCUCUGAAAUAGCAGAUGUUCAAAUCCUGCAAACUAUAAGAUUUCCUUCCAAAGUACAUUGGGGUUUCAAGAAUUACUUUAGUGCUUAUGUCCGUUUGAAUCCACAACCAUUGUAUGGAAUGACAACAGUAUUGCAAUAAAGACAUAAGAGCUUAGAGUUCAGCAAAUUCCAUCUUGUUCUCUUUCAGUAAAGACUUGAUGCACUUAACUCAAUUUCCCCUUGAUUAUUGACUGUUGGUCGCAAUAUAAAUUUAGUUUCAGUGUUGCGAUUGUGGGGAGCUGAAGAGUUUUUGCUGUUUAACGAAUCUUUGUGACUGUUGAAUAGGAUUUUGUUUGAUGUUUUCUCAAUUAACCCCAUUUUGAGCAAACACAUAGGCAGGUAUAUGAAUAAACAAUUAUGCACAAUCAAACAAA